AUGAUUGUCGCUGAUGAUCUGGUAAAGAGUUUCGCUAAAAGACUAUUUGAUUAAGAGAUCGCUUGAGGUUAUUCUUAUUUAGUUAUUAUCAGAUUACUCCAGCCGUCGCGAACCUUAAGAAGGUCUUAUCUAGAGCUAUGUUAUCCUGCAUCGAGAAUUUUGCCACCGAGGACAUUUUUAUGGAGCUUCUAGUCAGCUCUACCAAGACAUUCAAGUAACACGUACCAGUCACAUGUGUUUAAAAACAAACCAAUCACAGAAAAGUAUACUGCUUUAUGAGGCGAUGAAUCACCAUUCGACCUAAUCGCCUGAAGGAGACUAGAAAUAUGCAGCAAUAUCACGAUCCGCUUCUUCUUCCGCAUCACUUCUUUAUCAUGCGUGAAAUUCGUGUCUCACUUUGAUCCACAUGUCACGCUUAGCUUGAUCAUCUCUCGUUUCCAGACGGAAAUUGAUAUUUCAUUAAAGGACCGGUCACUAUUUUUUGACCAAAAAUUGAAAAAGGAUUUAGACUUUUUUUACCAUGCACACUUGCCUAAGCUCGCUGAUUUUGACCCAGAUGAUUUAAGUAUCGUUCAAUUGCAGGGCUGGGAUGACGUCAGUUUUCACGGCUCUCGCCAGAUCCCAACUCCUCAUAUGGACAAACUGGCCAAUGACGGAGUGAUUCUAAACAGUUAUUACGUAUCACCAAUUUGUACUCCUACCCGGUCCUCUAUCAUGACUGGAAAACACCCGGUCAACUUAGGUUAGUACUUGUAUCCGAGGUUGGAGGCAAGAGAAGAUGAGUAGCAGAGAGAGAAUCCACCAUAUAAGCUGUAUUACAAACAAGUCAUUAUUCAUCCUUUGGGGAGUGGGGUGGGAGGAGAAGGAUUUGGGGAUCACUUGGUCUUUCACCGGGAAAGGAGGGGGAGGGAAGCAAUCGUCGCCAACGGAGUAUACGGGGGGGAACUCUAGAAAACUGAUCGCCAAUAAACCGCCAAUGAGGGGGGAUCAUAAAUAUUACAGAACCUUAUGGGGGGGGGAGGGGGAAGAUAGGCAGAUUUUAUGAUGACAGAACCUAAUUUUCCCGACCCUCCAGAUGAUAAACAAUGACUAAUCCCUUACUAUGCCAUUCCCUCCUAAAAUUAUUUUGGAUCGACAAAUAACCAAUCCUGUCUCGUGAAGGUUGCUCACGCGGAUGUCCAAAGAGUAUAUGAUUCCCCUCCUAAAAAUCGUCAACUUCUUCACUAAGAGCGACAUUCUUCUCUUGAGACUUGAUAUAUUGAAUCUAAAUAUAAAUUACUUCAUUACAUAAAUACACAUCUCAGUCUCUGCUCUCAAAAACUAAAUUUAAAAAUAUUGGUGCCACAUGGUUGCGCGAAAAUGAGCUGCUCACCUUGUUUCUCGUUAGAUCUUACUUUUACAAGUACACAAAUUAUUUGUUAAGGUCUUGCGUAAGUUUGAAAAUUACUCUUUAUCUAACAAUUGCUUUGUUUUCGACUGAGAACCUCUUCCUUGCCAUUUUUGUAUUUCAAUUAACUUGUCACCUAACGACCAUGACAAUUUCCUUCUUUCCGACUAAGAACAGUGAACAUGAUGAAUAUGUGUAGUCUCAUUAAUGUUAUUAUGGUUACAGGUGUUCAACAUGGUACCAUAUUUGGCAGCCAGCCGUACGGUCUUCCCUUGGGCGAGGUUACAACGCCACAGUACCUCAAGGCACUUGGGUACCGGACACAUGGCGUUGGCAAGGUAAAAAUAUCGUACCAACCAAAGAAGGGGAAGUAUGCGUAAGGAUGGCGCCAUGUUUAGAAAACUCGCCUUCUUGACCCGAAUUUUUCUCCUGGUUUUCCGUUCCCUCCCCUUCCCCGUCCCCACCUUUCCCCCUUUCCCCCUUCCAUCAGAUAAAUCUACUCGCGGAAUCAAAUCUGAAGGAGAAGAAACGGUGUUAAAGGAGCCAUUUGUUCGACAUCGUAAUUUUGCCAGCUGUUUGUACCAUCUGUGACCAGGUUUUAAAAUAAAGCUGUGUGUUUUCUGCCUAUGUUGUUUUGUCUAAGAAGGGAGAAUAUCACAAAUCUCCCCAUUCAUGCUUAAGAUACUUUCCGCUAGAACAACCUCGUAACAACUUCACCCAGUUUUCCCACGUUUGAUGUCGUUGUGUUGCUAAAUAGUUUUUCAACAAGACCUACUAAAGAUGGGAAAACAAUUUUUUUCUAUCAGUGGCAUUUAGGAUUUUUUGAAAAGGAAUACACUCCAACUUAUCGCGGAUUUGAGUCUUUCUAUGGAUUUUGGAAUGGAAAAGAAGAUUUUUGGGACCACACCUCACUCGAAGAUGUAUGGGGGACAGAUCUACGAAAUAACAUGAAGGUGAGGUCGAUGAUGUUCUAUUAUGAAACUUGCUUGAAAACUCAUCGGAGUUAAUCCUUUCCUAUAAGCUGUUUCAUGUGUCUAGCGGUGAGGGCGAUACAAACAGCUUCGUAAAAGGGUCUGGGUUCAAUCAUGGCUCAUGUACACAACAAUCUUCAGAAGCAGGAACUGUUUUGAAAAUUAUUAAAGACUACAUUAAAAAUACGUCACAAUGACUUGGUUACUUGAACUUCUUUUCGUUCCACAGCCCGUCAAGAACGAGAGUGGCCAUUAUGGGACAGAAUUAUUCACAGAAGUGGCUGAGCGAAUCAUUGAUACUCACAACAAAUCCGAGCCGCUGUAUUUGUAUUUUGCGCAUCAAGCUGUUCAUUCGGGAAAUCCAAAGGACCCUUUGCAAGCUCCAAAGAGAAUGCUGGACGUAAGUUGUACAGGUUAUAUAUACUCGAGGCUAUAUUUAUACAGGUAUAUAUAUACAGACAUAUAUAUACAGUAUAUAUAUACAGUAUAUAUAUACAGGUAUAUAUAUAUAUAUAUACAGGUUAUAUAUACUCGAGGCUAUAUUUAUACAGGUAUAUAGACACAGACAUAUAUAUACAGUAUACAUAUAUAUACAGUAUAUAUAUACAGGUAUAUAUAUAUAUACAGGUUAUAUAUACUCGAGGCUAUAUUUAUACAGGUAUAUAUAUACAGUAUACAUAUAUAUACAGUAUAUAUAUACAGGUAUAUAUAUAUAUACAGGUUAUAUAUACUCGAGGCUAUAUUUAUACAGGUAUAUAUAUACAGACAUAUACAGUAUAUAUAUAUAUACAGUAUUAUAUACAGGUAUAUAUAUAUAUAUAUACAGGUUAUAUAUACUCGAGAAGUCUUGUGCUUUCGAAGCUAGAGAAACUUUAAAAAGAAAACAUUUUUUUCGACAUUAAACGUAUAUGUAAUUUUUUAUCACGUUCUGCGAUUCAAAAGGGUAAAGUUAAGGUUCGAAACUUGUCACUUUUCAAAUGGGCUCAACUGUCGACUAUGAAGGCCGCCAUUUUGAAAGCAACUCAGUAACCUGGCUGCACACCCAUACGCUCGUAAUGACGAGCAGCGUUGCUUGCAGUUUGCAGACAGCUGCUGCAGGAAAACGUUAAAAAUCGUUAUUUCGGUCAUGAAUGCCUCUUUACGUAGAUUUUAAUUAUUCAAAAAGAUCAUUUGGAGACUGAAAAACGGCGUGAGGCAUCCAUAUAUAAGCCCAAAUAUGGAGUCCAGGGCAUUAGUGUGACGAGCAGUCUGUUUGUCUGUCUGACUUCAGGUGAUUAGCUGUCUUUUUCAUUCUUCAGAAAUUUCAGCAUUUUUCAAAGGAAGACAGAAGAAUUUAUGCUGCCAUGGUGGCGUCUUUAGACGAGUCCAUUGGAAAUGUAACUAAAGCUCUCAAGAGAAAUGCAAUGUUUGAUAACUCUGUGAUCGUUUUCACGACAGACAAUGGAGGCGCUCCAUGGGGAUUUAACUGGUAAGAAAGAAUCGCAGCCGCACACAGUAUCAAAUAGCAACGAAAUUUUAAUUAAUGUGGUAAUAAGGGACAGUUUUAGAUAAGUAUCUUUGCCAAAAAAUCAGCUUAUUUUAAAAAAGCAGGUGCAAAAAUUUCCAUGAUACGAUUUUGCUCCCCCCCCCCCAAAAAAUCCCACAGGAUCCAAGUGAGAAAAAGAAUCAAUUUUUCAUCUCAGAGUUGCUUAACAAGAUCUUUGAAAUUUUUCCAUUUCUUUUCAUUCCCAUGCAUCUUCUAACUAAUUUAGGAAUGCGGGAUGUAAUUACCCACUCAGAGGAGGCAAGGACACACUCUGGGAGGGAGGAGUCCGUGGAGUUGGUUUCGUUCACAGCAAGCUCAUCGAAAACAAAGGCCGUGUUAGCUAUGAUUUGAUUGACGUCACAGAUUGGUUACCAACCUUCUAUCAUCUGGCCGGAGGUGACGUCACUAAAAUACAAGAUAAGAUUGAUGGUAUGAAUGUGUGGGACACCAUUGCAAAUGGGAAGAAAUCUCCGCGCACGGAGGUAUAAGAAAUUCAAAAUAACAUUUAUUCAAAUUUUCAUUCAGGAAAAAACUUCAAUUCUUUUAUUCGCUAAAGUUUUUUUUGCAAGGAUGCGUUGUAACAGGACGAAUUCAAGUUUCGUACCCAGCUCAUUAAUUAAAUUAUUUUACCACAUCAAAGGUUCUCCACAACAUCGAUCCCUUUCGCCGAUUUGCAGCCAUUCGAGUGAAAGAAUACAAGUUAGUCGUGAAUCAAGAUGCUGAUUACAAAACCACUUGGCUUCCGAGGUAUAAUGUCCCUGGGGAACUGGACUCUCUUCCCCAGCCCUCUACCUUACCUGGUGCGGUUAUUGAAUGUGGAAAGUGGGACAGUGAAGAAGAGGCUGCAUGUAAAAGUGAUGUUUUUCCUUGUUUGUUUAACGUGAAAGAAGGUAAAGUAAAUUUCAUUGCUUUUAUAGGGUGCAAGUUGAUUAUGAUUUGUUUGACUGACUAAUUGAUUGGUAAAGUAGCUAAACAAGUGAUUUGCCAAAACUAAGAACUGAGCCUUUCCGGCUGACUAAUGAACGAACCACUCACUUGCUUGACUACCCAAAAACUGUCUGAGUGGCUGGCUGACUUAUGAACUGAUUGACGUAUUAAGCGACCAAAGAAGAUAGAAACAGUCUUACUGACUGGCCAGCUAGUGCGUGACCGGUCGGCUAACUGACUGACUGACUGAUUACCCGACUGAUUGGCUGACUGACUUACUGAUUGACUUACUGACUAACUGACUGCUUUAAUGACUGACAGAUUUGCUGACUGACUGACUGACUGAAUGACUGACUGACUGAUUGAAUAAUUGAGUGCCUAAAUGACAGAAGGAAUGACUGGCUGAGUAACUGACUGACUAAUGACAGUCAUAUUGAGAACGUUCUAAAAGAAAAAAAAUACUCAAGAUUACGAACAAUACUUUCUACUAUAAAAUUUGAUAAUUUAAUUUACUUUUUUCAGAUCCGUGUGAGUACAAGAAUAUUGCUCAAUCCAACCUUGAUACAGUAAAACGUCUUAUUUUAAGACUCCUUCAUUAUCACAAAAAGGCCGUUCCUAUAUGGUUCCCGGAGAGGGAUUGCGAUGCGGACCCAGCAAAUCAUGACGGGUUUUGGGGCCCUUGGAGGUCUUCAGAAGCUAACAAAGCUAUUUUAAAGGAAGUAGUUGAGAGCAUACCGUCAGUUAAUGAAGAGAAGCAUUCUAAACGCAAAAAGAUUGCAAUCGAUAAGACAGAACUUGAUGAGGAGUCUUUAAGUUUAUAUAAUGAACAGAGCAAGGAAUUUGAAAGUAUGUUAAAAAAUUACCUUAACGAAGUUGAUAUACGUAAAAGGAGUGAGACUUCUCCACAGAGAAGUGGCAAAAUGAAUUAG